UUUCGUUUAAUAAACAUUACUAUCUUGGAAAAUAAUGCCACCGGUCUUGGCCUAAAAACUUUUAAAUAACUCCCAAAAUUUAAGUUAGCCCAAAAUUGUAAUGUUCAAGCGGAGUCUAAGCCAUCUGGAUAAAUUGCCCAAAUCCCAGGUGGCCGAGUGGUUGGCCGGAAUCGAUACCAUCAUCUGCAGCACGGAUGGAGUUCUUUGGCAGGAGAACAACCCGAUUGAGGGAUCCGCGGAAGUCAUUAAUACCAUUCAGGCCAAGGGAAAACGCAGUUUGAUGAUCUCCAACGAUUGCAGCUUGACAACCUCGGGCUUGAUUGAAAAGGCUAAAUGUAUGGGCUUCGAACUGAAAGAGCAGGACAUGCUGAGUUCGGCAGGAUCCAUAUCAAGUUAUCUGACCGAAAGGAAUUUUAAGAAAAAGGUGUUCGUCCUUGGAGGAGAUGGCAUUUCUAAAGAGCUGAAAACAGCAGGUUUUUGCUCAGAAGUGAACUCACAAAGGUGGGAUGGCCAACCAAAAUUUGACUUCUUAAAGUCGCUGGAACUCGAUCCGGAUGUGGGUGCAGUUCUGGUGAGCAGAGGCGAUACGACGGACUCGCACCAACUGCUUGUGGCCUGCAAUUUCCUUAUGAAUCCCAAAAUCUUGUUCCUGGCCACCUGUACGGAUGGAUUCCUCCCGUUUGGGGAGCGAAGAAUCCCGGAUGCCGGAGCCCUAGCAGCUGCCAUCGAGGUGAUCGUGAAACGCAAGCCGACUCUCCUGGGGAAGCCUAACCCCCGAAUUUUGGGAAAGUUACUCGAGUCCGGAGAAAUUAAGCCGGAGAAAACGCUCAUGAUUGGAAACUCGCUUAAAUCCGACAUUUUAUUUGCCGAUAUCUGUGGAUUUCAAUCAUUAUUGGUGGGUAAAGACAACGGAGCUGUCGAGCAAGCCGAAAAAAUUAAAGAGGAGGGAGAUGAGAAAAAGAUGAAAUGUGUGCCAGAUACUUAUUUGCCAAGCUUGGAACCGUUUCUCGAGUUUUUAAACACCGAUGUAAAAUCGGAAAAGAAAAACGAUGAAAAUGCCGAUGAAAGCAAAGAGUGUCCAACGGAAACGCAAAAACAACAAGAAAACAAGUGAUUUAGAAAAUAUUUUAUAUUCAAAAAAAGGCGCCCAGAUGCUGAACAGCUGUCUUUGAAAACCAAAGGUUUUGCAACACUGUCGCUGAAUGUUGUAUAUCGAUGGGAAGUCUUUGGUGAAAAACAGCUGUUAUAUUUGAAUUUAAAUGAGAAUAAACUAUUAAUAAAAUAAAUUACCUAGACUGUGCUCAAAUAUG